UGCAAUACUCUUAUGUACCUAUUGUUAGGAUUUUGUGUGUAAAACAAUGAAUGUGUGUCAGUUUUUAUUUUCCAAUUUCCUGCUAUGAGGUUACCAUUUCUAAAGGAUGUAAAAAACUUGCUUGAGUUUACAUUUAGUAGAAGUAACUUGGUGUCUAUCUUAUUCUUCAUCUACACAAUGCCUCAUAAAGUAGCAAAGAAGCUAUACAACUCUCAUAGUGAUCAAAUGCCCCCUUAUGGAAGCACAAUUGCUGAGUAUGAAGUUCUUAACCUAAUUGGACGUGGCGCUUUUGCUUGCGUAUACCGCGCAAAGUGCAGACAGUCAAACCGUGGUGUAGCGAUCAAAAUGAUCGAUAAACGGAGCAUGAGGAAGUCCGGGAUGGUUUCUCGUGUCCGGAGCGAGGUUGAAAUUCAUGCCCAGCUCAAGCAUCCUUCAAUACUGGAGCUGCAUCACUGUUUUGAAGAUGCUGAUCAUGUUUAUCUCAUCUUGGAGCUUUGCAUGAAAGGAGAACUGAACCGAUUUUUAAAAAGUCAAGGAAAUUCAUUGUGUGAACAACAAGUGCGUGAAUUCAUGGUGCAAAUAGUAGAAGGAAUGUUGUAUCUACAUGCACAUGGAAUUCUUCAUCGUGACAUAACCCUUGCCAAUAUGCUGCUUGAUGAUAAUUGCCACAUUAAAAUAGCUGAUUUUGGGCUCGCAACUCGCCUUGCUCUACCUACAGAUAAACACUUCACCAUGUGUGGUACCCCAAACUUCAUAUCUCCAGAGAUAGCAACUCGAAGCGCGCAUGGUUUAGAAUCUGAUGUAUGGUCACUGGGCUGCAUGUUUUACACGUUUUUGGUGGGCGUGCCUCCAUUUGACACUGACGCAGUUAAAAGCACACUGAACCGCGUUGUGCUUGGUAACUUCACAAUACCUGAGAAUAUUUCACAACAAGCCAGUGACCUCAUCACUAAAAUGCUAAGGAAGGAUCCUCAAGAUCGUAUCUCGCUCUCUGCUGUGCUGGACCACCCAUUCAUGAAACCAGACACGCUAAAAGGUCGUGAGGCGUCAGUAGACAGUGGACAUGCGACAAUGACAACCAAUUCAACGAACAACUACAGUAGGCAAGGCACCCUACACCACCAACAACCAAGCUUUACUGAGUCGAGAAGGCAGCCGCCAAGAACGAGACCAAUCGUGGCUUUACCGCCGCAGAAAUUGGAACCUGUUCUGGACAUAGGUUCGACCUAUGAGGAGUCUUACGAUGAACGACGACCGGCGGCGAAAAACGGCUUCGGCCGGCCCGAGAACACCGAUACCCGGCGGCAGUGGGCGAGUCGGACCCGGGACAUGCCGGGCAAUCGACCUCCAAUGUGGCGGCAACCGGAAGACCGCGGGGAAAACCCUCAUGACGUGCGACAUGUCCACGGCGACGGGUCUUGGGGUCAACGCACGGACUCGUUUACUAGCGGUACUCUGCCUUCCAAGCCACGCAGUCAUUACAGUCAAGGUCGGCACGAUCGUUAUAAGUCUCGCAACUCAACCUUAUCUAUUGAAAGCAGUUCGACAGGCAGCGCUCGUCGUUACCCGCGCGAACCGCAGUCGAAUGACGUCACCGGAUACGACGACACGUUACAGGGGAAAUUCCCUGACGCGUCGACCAUGCGACCCGACGAUCUGUUCUACCCUCCAGGGGGAAGCUUUCAGCCUUACCAAGCAAAAUACGAACCAGGAUGCUACAAAUCGAACACAAGUAAUUACUCAAGACCCCGCCACCCGCCAUCACCACCUGUGCGGGAUUACACGGCCGAUGAUUCGGAAUAUCACGAUAUACAACGGCAAGGAGAUCCCGCGCAUCGUAGCUUCAAACAGAACGACAUAAACCGUUCGUCGUCAAUGCAGAACGUUUCACAGACUGAAGAUUCGCUGCUACGACCUAACGUAACCCGCGGUUCCCGUUCUGCGUCCUCUCGUCGAUACAAAGACAGUUCUAUCGCGAACAGCGACCCUGCGGAGUCUGAUCGCACCUCAGCUCGUGACUACAACCAUCACUCUUCCAGUCAUGGCGCAGUCCGCGGCAGAACAGCCGACAGGAUGCGCAAGCAUGCCGAUUACGCGCCACCAAAACCCGAGCGGUCGCAGUGUAAUAUUUCCAGCGAAAACAAGCACACUCAAAGCCACAAUUGGUAUAAUGGAAAACAGACGCAAGAGCAACAUAAUAAUAGAACUAUUGACCGUACUCCAAAUCAAGAUAAGGGGAAUGACGUCACAGAGCAAUCACACACGCAACUCAAAGACGCACGAACCAAGUCAAGCUCGAACAUGUACAGCAAACCUCCAAAGCCACACCACAGCGUUCAUUCCCACACAUCAUCCAAUACAAGACGAGCGGAAGCGAAAUCUCGCGACCUUCCCAACAUUAACUCAUGCAGACUUCGCACAAUUCGACAAAAAGCCAAAAAUUCCAUGGUCAGCAUACUACAGAAUGGUGAGGUGUGUCUGGAAAUAGUGAACAGCAAAACAGGCAAAGAUAUUGUUACUGAAGUACUGUGCGUCUCAGACAACGGAAAUUCAAUAAAGAUAUUUUCACCCACCACCAAAGAACAAAGUGGAUAUAUAUUAUCCAAACAACCACCCAUACCACCAGACUCAACCAAUACAUAUGAGAAAUCUACAUUACCUGACAAAUACCACAACAAGUACAAAUAUCUAGCAAGGUUUGUGCAAUUGGUACGAUCUAAAACACCCAAGGUAACUCUGUUUACAAAGCAAGCAAAGUGCAUGUUAAUGGAAAACGCACCGGAAGCCGACCUCGAAGCAUGUUUUUAUAACGGCGCUAAGGUCCAACAGAGCAAAGGCAAAACUAUGAUAAUCGAUCAGACCGGCAAGCUUAUCACACUGGACAGCCAAGAUUUGCGUAGAUUACCACUCGACCAAAACUGUGAAGCAAUUGCUAACCUCACCCCCGAGUACCAAGAUAUGCUGACUCAUGCUCUGACAUCACGACAGAAAGCUCUCGACAUCGAGUCAGCAAUUUCGGUGGUUGAGGAGAAUUCGGGAAAUGACUCGUCAUAUUUUCCUAUAACUGUAUCACGGCGACCAACCAAUGAAACAACCCGCACCACAAACUUAACCAAAACCUCACUACGUGACAAACCAUCCACUCCAACAAGAAGCCCCGAGCCUGUAUCAACACCUCGAACCCCUGAUAGUUUGCCGACACCAUCAAUAGCUCCCACCACGUCUCCAAGCGCAGCACCCCCUAUUCAUUUUACUGAGUCAGUUCUUUCAUAUCGUUCUAGUGCUACAGCCAUGAGCAGGAAACGAAGCGUGCCAAAAGCACCAGCUUCCUCAAACGGGUCGUCUAAAAAUGAUCACAGAGAGCAUGUUUUCACUCCACUGGCCGACUCUAACCAGGUAUCCAAGACAUUGGAAGUCCCAGGUGUUGGUCGUGCCUCACAUUUAUGCACCGGUGAUAUAUGGGUUAUGUACAAUGAUAGAUCACAGAUAUUAAUGCAGUCAGCUACAACUACUGUGCUCUACUCCCACCCUUCCGGCCGCAGAGAAAGGUUCGGCCAGUCUGCUAGGUUGCCGGAAUACGUGAAAGCCAAAUUAUCUGACCUACCUUCUAUUGUUGAAAUGCUUGUACAGGCGGCUAGAGAAAGCCCCGCUAACAGUGGUUCAAGAUAGUGACUUUACAUUUACUUUACAAUAUUUUGCAACAUUUUUAUCAUCCUGUUUUACUUUUAUACGCUGCGAAAAUAUAUAUUGCUGUUUGUUUUAAGGUUUUUUUAGACGUUUUUUUUAUUCGACUGCUGGAAAACGUAUUAUUGCUGCUGUUAUAUAUCAAAAGUAUAUUAUUAGUUCGUAGCUGCUGUUAUAUCGAUCAUAAUAAACUGUAAAACUUGUUUGUUAUCUAAA